GGCUCGAUCUGCAGCUAACGCUGCUUUGCCUGCAAGUAGUGCUCACUAGUUAGAGUUGUGCCAAGAAGUAUUGUUAGUGUUGGUAGUUUCAGUGCUUGGUAAGCGUGCAAAGACGGAGAUAAAUGUCUCACUGACGAUUAUCGAUACAUUCGGCAGCUCAUUUUUCUCAUGACCACCAUUCCGUCCGCAAGCAAGUUAUUCUUUCCAAAUUUUGGGGAGCUGUUACUUUCUUACCCAUCUGUAGAUCCAUGUAGUUAGUUUUGUGCAAAAUUGUCUUGUGCUUCGUGCAAUAGCCGCCGAUUAUAGGUGUCUGGCGAAGAUAGGUUACUUACUCUAGAUAUAAUUAUGUUUCACUCUUAGUAAGUCAACUUCAUGUUACACCAUGCACAGUCAAAGACAACAACCCUACACCACUGUGACAGAAUAAUUGUCACGGGUAUACAGCUGGCACAGGAAAGUCGUCUACAUGGACUACUCGGUUAUUCACAAUCACUGUUCAUUAAUUUUUUCAUUCGAUUCAUAAAUAAACAAUAUACUUAAAAUGACCACAUGUACCAAAUGACUGCACAACAAAUACAAAAUUGCUCGCUCGCCCCAAACAUGCUCUGCAUGCUCCUAGUCUAUAAUGAAUUUCAUAUUAAAGUUAGCUUAUCUAUAUAAAGUCACUGAGAAGAAAAGACUUAUUUACAUGCAUCUGUUGUUAUUUAUUAUAUUAUGUGGCUUACCAGGACCUCAAGAAAGAAGAAAAUUUAUUCUUCCAGGAUCUGUUAGUGUAGUUCAGUAUAAUAUCUAAGAAGAAAAAACCUGUUUACAUGCAUAUUGUUAUCUAUAUUGUUAUGUUAUAUGGUAGUGUUUUGUGGCUUACCAGCCCUCAAGACAAAGAUAAUUCUGCCAGGAGGAUCUGGAUCUGGAUCUUUUGGAUAUUAUUUUGUCUCACACGUGGGGAAUGAGCGCGCAUGUGCAUUACAUCCACAGGAAUAAUUAAAGGUUGCUAGCUAGCAGGAGGUCGGACAUCACUUGAACUUUUAAAAGCUACAAUAAAAGCUCGACAAGCUGCACUGCAGUGCAGACUAGACUCGACAAGUAAAUACACAGAGUAGUGCAAGAGAACCUCUGCAAAAUUAUUACUGUCACAUUGAUGCCGCAAAUACCGGAAAUGACAUCAAAACCUCAAAUUUUCUCGCGCUACCGUGCGAAAUGCUCCUUACCUCUCUUGCUCAGUACCUACCUACCACUUUUUCUAGAUCUGCCACUGUAAACCCAUCAUUACCGCUAAGUACAGCACCUUCGACUACUGAAACUAUAACCAUUUCUUCUGCUCUGUUGAGCUCUAGUCAGUCUAUGCAUAUCAUGGAACUACAUCUCCGUUGACAACAUCAAACAUAUUGCUCCCUAUAGCGCAACUUCUCCGGUAAUUCGAACAAUGCAGCCAACAUCUAGCAUGGACGUUUCGGUCAGUGAAUCUACUUCCAGCUAUAUGUCAACUAGCUCUCUGACACUGACAUCAACUCCCACUCCUUCUCCCAUUGCCUCCAUUGUCAGCAGCAGUAUAGAUGAGUCUAACACUGCAAUACCUUCACUUACUCUUUUCCCAACUUCUUCAAUGCUGCUUACGAAUAUACAGUCAUAUCUACAUUCAGAUCGGGUGUAAAAUCGACACCCAAUCCACCUCCAUCUGCAUCCAUUGUCAGCAGUAGUACAGAUGAAACUAAUGUUGGAAUAUCUUCUUCUGAAUUACUGAUGCCUCUUCCAACUUCUUCCAUCCUUCUUGCAAAUCCAUCUGUAUCAUCUGUAUCAUCAUGGCGGUACCCAUGGGUACCGCCACAUCUACAAUUGUACUAGGCAUUGGUAUAGCUGUUGGCGCGAUUGUCGUACUAAUUGUUAUAGUGGUACUAACAGUCGUACUUAGUCUACUCAAACGACAAAGAUGUAGGUAUAAGUUUCCAAAUGUGAACUUUCCUAAUCCACUGUACUCUGAGCAAAAUUGGACCUUGAAGAUUCUUAUUUUGACAACAGUAUUUACUCUGUGCCUACUCGAUCGCAAACUACUCCAAGUGCUCGAGGUAUCUACGUUCCAACACAAAAUCAGAGAAAAGAGCCAGUCACAUCUAAAGCGGAUCUAUCUCCUGUGUAUGACACACUGUUUUCAGUACUUCAAGAAGAGCAUAUCUGAGUGCAUCGGUUCGGGUCAGUUUGGUGUGGUUAAGAAAGGUGUGUGGACGUCACUAGAUGGCCCAAAAGACGUCGCUGUUAAGACUCUCAACGAUGAGACUACGGAGGAAGAUAAAGUGAAGCUCUUGCAAGAAGCAGCCAUUAACGGACAAUUUCAUUAUCGCUCUAUCAUUUCCCUACAUGGUGUUGUAACCAUUGGAAACGAGGCUAUGAUUAUUCUUGAGCUGAUGGAAGGUGGAAAUAUGAAAGAUUAUCUUCCAACUUUGCAACGGAGAUUUCUGACUUUGGAAUGGCGAGGGAUCUGGAAGAAAGUGACUACUAUAUAUCACAAGGGGGCUUAGUACCACUCAAGUGGACAUUACCAGAGGUUAAAUAAUAA